CGGCUUCUUGAAACUGAUAGAACGCGGCGGCAGAACGACGUUAGCUUUCGUCGUGUACAGUAUUGUGUUGUUGUUCCUAGUUUGUAGAAAUCAUUUUAAAACUUUUUUUAUUUCCCAUCUCUUAGUCUCUUCUCUGUUUUUUCCCAAUUCGCGUGGUAGUUUUUCACCUUUUUGGUUUUUAUUUGGCAACAAUCGUCCCCCGUAAAGGAGCAAAGGAAAGUUUUUGAAAUAUGGCCGAGGAUAAGAACGAAACGAGUCCUAACGCAGGGGGCGAGCAACCCGCGCAGGAAAUAACUCCGCCUGCCAAGGACGAGGCAAAAGAAAUCGUCAAGGAAACAAAGAAAAUUGAGGAAAAUGGCGAAGGUGAAAAACCUAAUGAGAAUGGUGAGGAAAAAUCGACACCAGAGCCCAAGGACAUGAAGGCCAUCGUACUCAACGGAUUUGGCGGACUUAAGAGCGUUAAGGUCCUCAAGAAGCCUGAGCCGACCCUGGCCGAGGGAGAGGUCCUCAUACGAGUCAAGGCAUGUGGAUUGAAUUUCCAAGAUUUAAUGGCAAGACAAGGAGCCAUUGAUUCUCCACCAAAAACUCCCUUCAUCUUGGGUUCCGAGUGCGCUGGAGAAAUAGAGCAAGUUGGCGAAGGAGUUGAGAACUUCAAAGUCGGAGACAGAGUUGUCGCUUUGCCAGACCACAAAGCAUGGGCCGAACUCGUUGCUGUACCGGCGACUUCCGUUUUUGCUUUACCAGCAGACAUGAGCUAUCUGGAUGCAGCAGCUAUCACCAUGAACUACACGGUGGCUUAUAUUUUACUUUUUGAGCUGGCAAACCUCACGCCUGGCAAAAGUUUACUUCUUCAUAGUGCUGGAGGCGGUGUCGGCCAAGCUGUUGUGCAACUCGCUAAAACUGUAAAGGAUGUCACCAUCUUUGGAGUUUGCAGCAAAGGAAAGCAUGAAAAUCUUAAGGAUACAGGAAUUGAUCAUCUUAUUGAACGUGGGGUUGAUUAUGUCAACGAAGUCAGAAAAAUUUCCAACGAGGGCGUCGACAUUGUUUUGGAUUGUCUAUGCGGUCAGGAAUGUAAUCAUGGUUACAAUCUAUUGAAACCAAUGGGAAGAUACAUUUUGUACGGAUCGAGCAAUAUUGUUACUGGAGAAACCAAAAGCAUUUUCUCGGCAGCCCGAUCCGUAAGCAAAUACUUUCAGUGGUGGCAAGUGGACAAAGUGUCACCCAUCAAGUUAUUCUACGAGAACAAGACAAUUUCCGGAUUCAAUUUGCGUCACUUGAUGUACCAAAGUGGAUGUCACGGAUUCGUACGAAAAGCUGUCAAUCAAGUCUUCCAAUUAUGGAAAGAUGGUAAAGUAAAGCCCGUUGUUGAUUCGACCUGGGCACUUGAGGAUGUUCCUGAGGCCAUGCAAAGGAUGCACGAUCGGAAGAAUGUGGGAAAAAUUGUUCUGGAUCCAAGCCAGGAGCCCAAGCCCAAGCCAGCGACGCCCGCUAAGAGCAAAACAAAGGACAAGAAGAACCAAAAUCAGGAAGAGAAGAAGGCCGCCAGUGUUGAUUCGGAAGAGAACGAGAAGAAAAAGGAGCCAGAAUUAACCAAUGGCACGUCGGAGGACAAAUCUGACAGCGAUUCCAAGGAGAAAGAAUCAAGCUGAAUUAAUAAAGCGUGAUGUAUCUGAAACAAGAAAAAGCUGGCGUUCCACAACAUCCGGGGAAAAAUAGCACAACAGAAGAUCCGAAUUUUUCCAAACGCAAUGAUUAAAACAAGAAAAAAAAGCUUAAUUUUACUAUUAAAAAAAAAGAAAAGAAAUGAUCUUCAUAAAGCACAGAUGAAUAGUUAUGUGUGAGUAUGUUGUAAAAUCCAUGCGAAGAUCCACAAUUUUUGUUUAGAUUGAUUUUGCAGAAAAUGCAAAUUUCUUACAUUUAAUUCGCCUUCAGUUUCCUUUUUUUAAUUUACUAUAAUACUAUUAUAAUAAUAUCUUCGACAACUCGAACGUGAUAUCAUUUUAGAAUUUAAACGAUAUUAGAAAGGAAACGACGCAUUUAUUUCCUUGUUUUUUACUUUAAGUUUAGUAUAGCGUCCUAUAUAUUUCUCUCUGUGACAUUCUGGACUAAUUCAGUGUGAAUAUUGCAAAGAGAACACAAUAGUCGAGAACGUCCUUUUACAUAAAAGAAAAUAAAUUACAAAACAAAAAGAACCAAAUUAUAAAAAAAACAAAAACAAAUUUCUUACGGUCUACAGUAGUUGAAAAAUUUUAGGAAAUAAACUUUUUUUUCAAUUUUCCAAUUUUGAAAGAAAAAAAAAAUAAUUUUCUAUUUCUAAUAGCUUCGAAUUCAAAAUAUAUUCUCCUAUUCUCUUAUUGCUAUACAAUAAAGUAACUCUUCCAUUAUGACUAAUGAAGAAGCGUAUUAGAAGUAUCGACAAGGCAAUCGAAAAUUCAUUCCAUAAAUUGUAAACUAAAAGGAAACAAUAGCAUUUAUCGAAAAUUCAACGAUUAUAAAAAAGGUUCAAUUUAGUUCCACGGAUUUUUUUUCUAUUCUUUCUUUUCUAUUUUUAUUAUUCUAGAAAAGAAUUUGUAGAAUUAAAAAAUUCGUGGUGUAUCUACUUGAAUAGAUAAAAUUUCUAAACGGCCUCAUAUAUAUUUUUUUUGUGCGAAUUUUCGAAACAAUAAUUCGUGCUUCUUGACGUAUUUGCCACAAGUUCUCCCCCUUCGCUUUUAGGUAUAAUUACCAACAUCCAACGAUUUUUGUACUUUACCUAACAGUAAAAUACUCGAGAUAUAUUUUUUAUAAUCAUUUUUCGUGAAGCCAAACAAAGAAACUGCCAAACUUGUUUUUACGAAAAAAAAAAUGAAUGAAAGAAGUUAUAACGAGCAUUUUCGUCAAGAGAACGAUUUUAAAACUACGAAAAGUAAUAUUAUGCAUAUCUCCAAAAGAAAACAAAGUGGAACAAUUUUUAUGUAGAUCCGAGUAUCCCAUUUGCCCCCCUCUCUCUCUAUUUUUCCCCCUGUUAAGAAAAAGAUUCAAUUUACAAGAAUUCUUUUUAUAUUCGGAAACAUUUAAAUAAAUAGCAAUUAGUUUUUCUCACAAAAAAAACUCUUGUCUGAAAUUUAGGAUAUAUUUUUUUAAACUUUCCGAAUGUGAAUAGAACUAGAUUCUUUUUCUUAAUCAGGGGUUUAAAAACAUUUGUAUCUCAGUGAAAAACUAUACAUGUAAUUAAAAGUAACAGGCAAAGAAUAUUUAUCGGCGUCUUGAAUUAAUCUCGCGUCGCAGCCCAAGCAUCAUGUUAUUUAAAAGAAGCGUCGAAGCGCAUAUUCGUAUUUAAAAUGAAAAAAACACAAAAAAAUGUGAAAACGUAUUAAUAACAAAAGAAAGGAAACAAGAUUUACAGAUUGCAUUUUUACACAUGCACAAUUUGAAUACAUGGAAAAAAAACUCACACAAACUCAGAUCACACGAACAUUGUAUAUUUUACGUAAGGCUUUAAAUGUUUCAUGAAAUAACUACCUAUUAUAUUAUAAUAUAUCUAUAUAUUUGUAAUGAGUAACGACCAUUUCUACUCUCAUUGAUUUGUCCCAUCUUUAUUUUUUUUUUAAAUAGUAAUUGUCUAAUUUUUCUGGACAAUUUAACGUAAUAAACAAAAAAAAAAAAAUUAAAAGAGUCAAGCAAUCUUCAUUUUUUUAAAAAAAGAAAAAAAAAGAAUCUAUUGUUUUUUAUAUUCUGAUCUACGUCUUAUUUUGCUUUUCGUAAAAAGAAAAAAUGGAAACCGAAAAAUGAUGAUGAUCUCGAGGAAGAUCAACAAAUGAAUUGAUUGCAUUUUAAUGAAAUCAUUUAAUGUAGGGCGACGUUGUCACGAACAAUUUUCAUUCAUUAAUUAUUUUUUUUAUAUUUUUUUAAUUAUUUGGAAUCAUCACUACACAUACUACAAUUAUAAUAUGCACUUUCCCCCUUUGUGAGAAAGAAAAAUCUAUAGCUAUUACAAUAUAAUUAUUUUUAAGGAGCCGAUUUACUCUACUUUUGCGAAUCAAAUUUUUUGAUUCGUAAAAUAUAAAAUGAAAGAAAAAAAAAAAAAAACGAUAAACUGUAAUAACGAUGAAGUAAUUAUGUGUAAAAUUGUAAAAUUUAUUGGAAGGAAAGUGAACGAAAAUACGUCAUCUUUUUCGACUUGUGAACACUUUUAACUCUAAAACAGAUGAGAAGUUAAUUGAGAAAAAAAAAUAAAAUAAAAAGUUUUGGCAUUCCAGAAAGGUGAUUUUUGUUGAGAGUAAAAAGUUUCGAAAUCGAACGCCUUUUCGCACACUUUCCUACGGCUUGAUAUAUAGAUUGUAUUUUUGGCUUAUUAUAAUUAAGACUGACUAUGUUGCUAUAUUAAAAGAUUGCUUCGAAAAUAAA